AUGAAGUCGCACAUUUCCUUGUCUGCCGUCCUAGUCUGUGUCCUCGGAGUCGUUUCCGCCGACAAGCAAGUGCGCACGAAACCGGACCAAGGAGCCUUAGUCGUCGAUGCAUUAGGCGCAUAUCCGAACAGCUACCUCAACAUCAGUGCCGCUGUAGCAGGACUUCACAACAAGACAGACGCCCAAAAGAUCUUCAUCUUCCCCGGCACAUACACCGAGCAGGUCUACAUAGGCCGGCUCGCAAGUCCCCUUACCAUCCAAGGCUACACCAAUGAUUCCACUACCUACAAGAAGAACCAAGUCACCCUCACCUACAACCUCUCGCGCAAAACCCCCGGUCUAGCCAACAACGACGCAACAUCCACCCUCCGCCUCUGGACCUCCAACGUAAAACUCUAUAACCUCAACAUCGCCAACACCUUUGGCGACGGCGCCCAAGCCCUCGCGCUCAGCGCCCAAGCCACGAACCAAGGCUUCUACGGCUGCAGCUUCACCGGCUACCAAGACACCAUCUACGCAAACGAAGGCCGCCAAAUCUACGCCAAAUCCUUUGUAAAUGGCGCCGUGGAUUUCAUCUUCGGACUCCGCGCCGUCGCCUUCUUCAACAAACUCGACAUCGAAACUAUCGGCACCGGCUUCAUCGUCGCCAACGGCCGCGACUCAGAGGAAAACACGAGUUUCUAUGUUUUCAACAAGGUCAAUGUUACGGGGUCUAGUGGUCCCGGUUCGAUCGAUCUGGGAAGACCUUGGAGGCCGUUUAGCAGAGUGCUCUUCCAGCAGAGUUACCUUGGUGAUGUGGUUACGCCGCGGGGCUGGUCGCGGUGGGACGAUGUGCAGAGUACGGAUAAUGUUACUUUUCAAGAGUAUCAGAACUACGGGCCUGGAGCGAAUACCUCGGCGAGGGUGAGCUGGAGUUCACAAGCUAGCGCGCCGGUUAAGGCGUCGGAUUUGUUUGGGAGAGAUUUUGAGAAGGAGCAUUGGGUGGAUGUUGAUUAUUUGUAA